GACACCUAUAACUUAUGAAGUGAUGUAUCUUCUUCAUGUUCUUAGUACCAGUAGGUAGGGAAUUAAAUACACUACAAGCUACCAAAAAAUCGAAACUCUUAACUGACUGAUUACCAAGAACAUGAAGAAGUGACCAUUCCUGAUGAGUUAUAUGGGCGAAUCUGAACUGCUCCGGGAUCUCUUGGGGAAAAGAUUUUUACACUCUUUUCUGAUAUAAAAUAUAUUUUUAGCUAAUCAUCAGCCUCAAAUUCAAAAUAAUAAAUCAAGUAGCCCAAUGCUCUUCUCCUCGUCAAAAUCAGCCUCUUCUUUAACCUCCACAUCCUCAGCUUCAUUUUCGUCUUCCUCUUCUCAUUCUACCUCUACCUCAUUAAAUGAUUUAAAUGAUAAACAACAAAAUGGAUCUAAUUAUAGAGACCGAACACAUUUAAAGUUGGAAUUGAAAGAUUUAAAACCACGUGAGUUUCUGGGUGGAAACAGCAGCGGCAACAAUAACAAUGGUAUCUCCCCGAUGUCUUUACCCCUCUCUUUGUUAGAUUCAGCUUCUCUUCUACUUUCUCCUGAUAAGAUUUUACUUGCCGCACGACAACAACAACAACAACAACCUCUUCUUGGCAAUCGUUCAUCUCAAACAGUUCAAAACACACAAAAUCUCUUACAACAAAAACUUGAAACCCCUACUCCUUCGACAAUUUUAUUUCCAAAAAACGUUACUAGUGAACAAGAAAAAUUUGCUGAAGGCUGGCAAAAAGUUCUACAAGAGUUUCAAGGAAGAGAUACUACUUCUUUACAGUCAUUACAAGCCACCUCACCUUCUGCUGUUAAACUUCUUCUAUCUCUUGCUCUCACUCCUUCACCUUUUUCAGCUAAUAAAGCUAACAAUUCAUCGCUGCUUCAAGCUGCAGCUUCUACAGUUAACAACGGUGUCGGUGCGACUGCAGUCACAACAGAUUUGAAUAGUAACACUGUGAACCCUAUUUCCUCUACUAUAACAACACCCACAAAACAAUUUGAUUUGCCCAAAAUAUUACUUAAUCAACAACAACAAAACCAAACAGUUGUUUCAGGAACUGUCAAUACCUCCCAAUCAAAUUCUGUAAACAGUAUCACAAAGCGUUAUAUGGAAUACUUUCAACUUGGUCAAGCUGUAGCGGCAGUUUCCGCUACUUCACCGACUUCAUCCGUAGAGUUAAUUCCUAAUUCUUCCUUUUUUCAUCAGCAUCAACGCCCUUCCUCUGUAUCAACCUCAUUGCAACCUUUGCUAGCUACUCCAACCACACCAACCUCCAAUGGUGUUCAAACAUUUGCACAUAACACUGCGUUUAUAAAACGGGAGCCUAACACGUCUUCUAUUUGUGAAGAACAAAUGGACAUUCUUUCUAAUUUGAAUGGUAGUGCAUCCUCUAACCACGACAGUCAUCGCCGUUCUAGUAGUAUAUCUAGUGCAAGUUCUCCUAGAGUUAAUGGAAAAGUUCAGGUCGUCCCUAAUGGCAAUUCGAUGAAUGGUUAUGAUGGAGUAAUUAGUGAACACGACAUGAAGAAGCUUCUAAGGAAAAGAGAGCGAAAUCGUGAGGCUGCCUCAAAAUGUCGUCAAAGAAAGCUUCAGAGAAUAGCGGAUUUGGAACAGCAAGUAGAGGACGAGCGUAAACGUGAAAGAGAAUUAGAAGCAGAAAUUGCCCGUUUACAAGGUGUUAUAAAAAAUUUGCAAGAGAAAUUAUCCGGUUAUCAUUAA